AUGGCCAAAGAGGCGGCGGCCUCCGGCGUCACAGACCCACUGAGUGGACUCGUUGGGCCUUCGCUCUUUCCCCGCACGUUCAAGGCCUCAGCCAGCUUUCCAGCGCAGUCCGAUCCAAAAGACCUAAAUUCCAUCCACAGCUUGAUGAAGUCCCUGGAGUUUAGGAGUCCUGAAAAGCUCAUGAACGAGGCGAAGAGAAUUGUGGAUGGCGGGGCUGAGCUUCUGAAGUCCAAUCUUUCUAGUUUUUUCGAAAAUGCUGGAAAUAAUGGUGCCACACAUGCAAAAGGUAAGGACCGAGACAGACCUCAAGAACGGAGACCUGGUCUUGGCCUUGUUCGGAAAAGGGCUAAAUUUUCUCUGAAGACCAAUAUCAGUCAGCCUACAGUUACCUGGAAAAAUAAUGUGGCCCUUGAUAGCAUUGACGACCCAGAUGAAUAUUUUGAAGCUUAUGAGCGGAUGGAAAAAGCCAACAAAGAGAUACAAAAACAGCUGGGGGCAAAUGUGGACAAAUUCAGCCUUUAUGAACCAUCAAAUAACGAACGGCGUCGUAGACCAGGGAUUUUAGGGAAGUCGUAUACUUAUAAGCACCGCUUUACAAAGGACCUCUCUGAAAAUGAUGUGUCAUCCCAAGAAUUACCUGAUGCGGACAUUCCGAGGUCACAGGAGGACAAUUCACAAACAAUAGCUGAAGAGGACAUUCCAAGUUCACUUGAGGACAAUUCACAAAAGGUAGCUGAAGGGGCUAUUCCAAGUUCACCUGAGGACAAUUCACAAAGAGUAGUUGAAGAAGACAUACCGGGUCCACCUGAGGAUCUUAAUCCUGAUUAUAAUUUAGAGGAAGUUGAACUGGCUGGAUCUAUGAAGAAUACAGAGAAUGAAUACAGUGAUAUCUUGCAGGAGGUGUUGUCCUUUAAUUAUGAAGAUUUACAAGGGCAUGGGGCUUUGAAUCUAUUGCAAGAGCGGUUAAAUAUCAAACCUCUUGAUAUUGAGAACCUAGGCAUGAUCGAACAACUUGAUGUUGGAAGAAGACCUAGUAUUACGACUGUUUCUGAAAGUUUACGAAAAUCUGAGAGGAAUUCACUGAGUUUAGACCGUACAUUUAAAAAUCUGAAUAGGAAACCAACAUUAGAACAAAAACAGUUGCCAGACAAAGUUAAGUUUGUAUCCUCGCCAACUCCUCCAAGAAGUCCAUUUUGUUCUAUAUCAUUAUUGAAAAAGAAAAUUUUGCAACCGAAUCCACUCAGAGACCCGUUUUCACCGACUGCUAUUGAGCUGUCUGAGAGCCAAAAUGCUUUGGCUGCCCAGCUUGAGGAUAAACUAUCCGGACCGGUUGAUGCCCCGGAUAAUUUGGGCAUGUCGAAUGAGUUGGAACCACAUGUAGAUAUUGUCAAUGUGGAACCUUUAGUUUCUAAUGAGGAUGCACGGGAAGAUCUGGGAAAUACAUAUAGUUUGCCUAAGCCAUUGGUAGAUGAGAAUGCAGGCGUCCAAAAUGUACCCAGCGAUAGCAGGCCUUUUGAAGAGCCAGGCAAUUAUAUCGAUACAACAAUGAAUAUUGAUGAAAAUGAAUCAAAUCCUUCUGUACUUGAAGAGGGGGCUAGAGAUGACACGUCAAGCAGACAACAAACUGAUCCGUUGGUAGAUGAGAAUGCAGGCGUACAAAAUGUACCCAGCGAUAGCAGGCCUUUUGAAGAGCCAGGCAAGGAUUUUGAUACAGCAAUGAAUAUUAAUGAAAACGAAUCAAAUCCUUCUAUACUUGAAGAGGAGGCCAGAGAUGAUACGUCAAGCAGACAACAAACUGAUCCAUUGGUAGAUGAGAAUGCAGGCAUACAAAAUGUACCCAGCGAUAGCAGGCCUUUUGAAGAGCCAAGCAAGGAUUUUGGUACAGCAAUGGAUAUUGAUGAAAACGAAUCAAAUCCUUUGGUACUUGAAGAGGAGGCUAGAGAUGACACGUCAAGAAGACAACAAACUGAUCCAGAUCAACAACAUGAGGCUCAUCAAGCCAAGCUGCCAAGGAAAACAAGAGUAACCGGUGAAAAGCGCCUUAGGAAGUUACAUCCAAUGAGGAAAAGUCUUGCAGAUGCUGGCACGACAUUUGAAUCUGGGGUUAGAAGGAGCAAAAGAGUUAAGAUGAGAGCUCUCGAAUUCUGGAAAGGAGAGAGGUUCUUGUAUGGACGCGUGGAUGACAGUUUGAAGCUAAUAGGAGUGAAGUAUAUAUCCCCAGGUAAAGAUAACAAGAACCUGAAAGUGAAGCCCUAUAUCUCAUCCGAGUCAUCGAAACUGAAGGAGUUACUUGAAAUGGAAGCUUGUCGUUAA